AUGCCUUCUUCCACUUUGACUGUUAAACUAAGCCCAGCCCAGCCCGACCCUAACCCGGCCCACGGCCCGGAUCAACCUCGAGCUGAAACCAUUUCAGCUCGAGGUCAUAGCUGUAUCUGGAAGUCGAAGCUGUAUGGAGGGGCUUGGUCUUGGGGCUUUGAUAAAAGUCAGGGGAUACCGACCUCAAGCUAUAAACUAUUCAGCUUGAGGUCCAGAAAUCAAGCUGAGUUGUUCAAUCUUGAGCUGAUAAACCUUCAACUCGAGGUCGAUUGCCUCGACCUCGAGUUGAAGCGCGUUCAUCUCGAGGUCUUUGUUUUGAGAUGCAGUCGACCUCGAGAUGAAACGGUUUCAACUCGAGGUCCAUUGAAAUUCGCUGUUGACCGAGCUGAAGUAGUUUCACCUCGAGGUUGUUCAACUCGAGGCCCAUUAAUAUUUGUGUUCGACCUCGAACUGAAGGAGUUUCAGCUCGAGUUCAAGGUCUGGCAAUGCUUGGAGGCACCAGUCGACCUCGAGUUGGAGCUGGUUCAUCUCGAGGUCUUUGUUUUGAGAUGCAGUCGACCUCGAGAUGGAACGGUUUCAACUCGAGGUCCAUGUAAAAUUCCCUGUUGA